GGAACAUUAAAGCGGCACUCCGAAGAUGGCCGGGGUGUUUGAGGUGGAGGUUGACGGUGUAGAUCACGACCAUGGACUGGAGCAUCACGAUGAACCGAACCAGUUUGAUGUGUCCAAGCUUUCACCGGAAGAGAAGUGGAGAGUGGAGCAUGCAAGAAUGCAUGCCAAACACAAGGGCCACGAGGCCAUGCACGCAGAGAUGGUGCUGAUCCUCAUUGUCACCCUGGUCGUCGCCCAGUUAGUCCUUGUGCAAUGGAAACAGAGGCAUCCAAAGUCAUACAAUCUGGUGACUCUGUUCCAGAUGUGGGUAGUGCCUCUCUACUUUACUACCAAACUUCACUGGUGGAGGUUCCUGACCACAUGGUUUAUCUUCUCUGUCAUCACAGCCUACAUCUCCUUCCGUGCCACUCGCAAGCCGCUGGCCUGCACCACACCGAGGUUGGUGUAUAAGUGGUUCCUCCUUCUGUACAAGAUCAGCUAUGCCACGGGGAUAGUUGGCUACACUGUCGUCAUGUUUACACUUUUUGGUAUUAACCUAAUAUUCAGGAUAAAGCCAGAGGAUGCAAUGGACUUUGGAGUUUCACUACUUUUCUACGGGCUGUACUACGGAGUCCUCGGGAGGGACUUUGCAGAGAUGUGUGCAGACUUCAUGGCUUCAACUGUCGGGUAUUACAGUGCAUCUGGCAUGCCAACCAAGCACCUCUCUGACAAUAUCUGUGCCGUGUGCGGUCAGCCCAUCCUCGUAGAUGUCAGUGAGGAAGGGAUUAUUGAGAACACGUACAGAUUAUCCUGCAACCAUGUGUUCCAUGAGUUCUGCAUAAGAGGAUGGUGUAUCGUCGGAAAGAAGCAGAUGUGCCCGUACUGCAAAGAGAAGGUGGAUCUGAAGAGGAUGUUUAGCAACCCCUGGGAAAGGCCGCACGUCAUGUAUGGACAACUUUUAGACUGGCUUCGGUACUUGGUGGCCUGGCAGCCCGUUAUUAUUGGAUUUGUGCAAGGUAUCAACUACGUCCUGGGUCUGGAGUGACCCGCGACUGGCAGAAAUGGACAUACAUGCCAUGCUGAGAAGAUAUGCACUGGCUCAAAGGACUGAGGGCCUAACAUUGAACUAAAAACACCAAUAAAAAAAAAAAAGAAGAAGUGUCUAUACUUUUUGUAUAUAUUUAUAGGCACAUAUCUGUAUUUACGGUUUAUUUGAAUUCUAUUAGUUAUCUGAAUUUGGAUGUCUGUGUCAGUUUGCCAGGAUUCUUUGCAUCACACAGCGUUAUACUUUUAACGAUUGGUUUGUUCAUCUUACAGCCGAGUCAAUCGGUGUCAAAAUCAUUAGAGAGGAGCUUUUUACUAAUUUAUGUCUUAAGUGUUUCUACUUAGUUAAAGGAUCAUGCUGGAGCUUCGUGUCAUUCGUCACUGUAUUGGAGGUAAAAGGUCAAUCCAAGUGACCUCAUGCCUGCUGGUCAUCACACACUUGUAAUGGAAACCAGCAUAAGUCAUCACUUCCUGUGCCUCCUAAGUACAUGAACCCUCUGUCCACUGUACAACUGCUUUGUUUCACAUAGUCGCUCAUGUUUGUGUUUGGCAUGAGCUAAAUGUUUGAACUGAAGUGAUACAAGUUUCGCAAGGGCUCGCUGUCAUGUGUCAUGAGCGGAGGCGUCAUCACGGAGGAAAAAAGUGCUUGUUGUAUUAAGCAGGGAAUACUUCAUGCAGUACGUGUUAAGAUGGAACUUUUUGUCUUACUGAGUUUUAAAACACUGACUCACUGUCUUCAUAGAAAUACUCAUCCCUAGCCACUGGCAUUUAGAUGACCUUUUACCUCUUGUAUAAUAUCUAGACAUCUGUAAGCAUGAAUUUGAAAACGGACUAAAUGGAUAUAACAAAGCUUGGCCAAAUAUAACCAAAACUCAAAAAGUAGUCUAGAAAGCGCUGAAGAUAUUCUUUCAGGCGAAAUGAACUAAAAUUGGUUGUAAGCAACAAUAAAGCUACAACACCACUUAUUAACUCUUAUCAAAUCAUUGGAAUUUGAUCUGGAAAGCAAACAAAAACAUCCCGCAAUGAUCCUUUAACUCUGUGAGCGUGUUGCCGGUGCCAGUCUUAUUUCCAUGUCACCUGUUCAAUCCAUCGUCUCUACUGCUACUGUAUGUGGGGUUUUCCGGGGGUUAAAAAGUUGCUGGAAGGUGACGGUCGACGGUACUCUGCAGGGACUGGACCCAGUAAAUGCAUCAUAAUGCCAGUUUUGAGGGACAGUUUCUGGUCCUCGGACCUCGCCACCAGCUCAGAUAGUAAAGGGACUGUGUACAACGACAUGAUCAUUUUGUUCUGUUGUCAAUGUUUUCAUCAAGAUGAGUUAAUAAAUGUCACAUGGUUCAGA